GGUUACCCUCUGUGUGUAUUUAAAGGCGUCUCCUCUCAGUCUUUCCUGUGUUGUUUCCUUUACUCCUCAGUAAUCUCUGUUUGUGUGCUCACUGCCUGUUUCUUGGAUUUACUUUGCAUUUUUCCACUUUUUGGACUUUGAACUUUGGACUUGUUACAUUUUGUGGACUUUGUUCCUUGCUAAUAAAGCAGCAACAGAAGGACGUCAUCACAUUCACAGCCAGCAUGAAGACCACAGUGGGACUGCUGCUUCUGAUGCUCCCAGUUUAUUACUGCACUAACAACAAUCAAGGAGUGAAUGUAUCAUCUCCUGGAGAAUGCUGUUUCAAAUUCUUUACUGGAAGGAUACCUGCAAAGAAUGUUGUCUCUGUCACCAAGACUCACAGCGGCUGUCUUGAAAAAGCAUUUGUGAUCCGUACAGCUGCAGGGAGGAGAGUCUGUGUGAGCCAGAAUGUCACCUGGGCUCAAAAGGCUUUUAAGCAGCAGCAGAUCAAUGCUGAAUGAUGAUCUUCAGAGUUCAUCAUCAACCAAUAAAGCUCUGUUAUGUUAAUCUGUGCUAAAAUCAUUUUAUUAUGACUGUAUUUUCUAAGAUGCUUUGCAAAGCAUAAAUAAACCCACACUCUUGUUUUGCUUUAGAUCUCCUCAGAAAUGUUUCAGUAAAAUAUUCUGCUCUGAAUAACAAUCUGGUGAUUUUUAAUGAAAAACUUUCUACAUCUCAUCUCUCACAUAAAG